AUGGCCUCUGUGUUCUCUUCAGCUAUACAAUCGACCAUAUUGUCGAUUUUGCUCUCUCGAUUGCCGUUACAUCCUUUGGACAUACCUCAGCAGUCGUCAUUCACACUCAAAGGCAACUCCGGCCCUUCACUUCAUUUGACGGAUCUAACAUUAGAUAUUGAUAGCUUACAAACACGAUAUUUACCACCAAGUACCCCAAUCAAUAUUCGUCAUGCGCACGUAAAAGAUCUGAAGAUCGCCAUGAGUACAAGUGGUAUACAAAUACACGUUAAUGGGAUCACUUGCGUUAUAAGUCCCAAAGCUUCGGUUCAAAAUGGCCAAUUCCUGGAUACAGCAAAUUCUAUAAUAAUGAAGGGACUUGAUGACCCGUUAGAAGGUUUAGAAGGUAUGGUCGAAAGCGUCGUGGGAUUUGUGGAUGCCGUCAGUGGCGCAAACUCAUUUAGCGCUAAUAGUGAAGAUGAAAUUGGCAACUGGGAAGAUGAAGUCCCCGAUGAGGAAGAUUCACAAGACGCAAAAGAACUGGAUAAGACUUCCAAGUCUUUGAAACAGAUAUUAGAUAAUGAUGCAGCGUUGGCAGAAGAUAUACAACUGAGCUUAGAGUCCGAUUCCAAGCCUUCAAACACGAUACUUUCAUAUGCAAUGAGUUACAUCAUGGGAAAGGUAUUUGUAUCACUGGAGGAUAUCAAGAUCAAAGUUGUAGCUGACCCCAUUAUUUUGGCUAUUGGUAUUGAUAAAAUUGAAGCUGAUGGUAAUAAAGCGGAACGAAAAUGUACUGUUGAGGGAAUCGUGGUUUCAGUCGUGAAACUCGAAGGAGAAGAAGACCCGACCACACCAAAUUCCACAGAAAACUAUUAUAAGGGUAAUAGUGAGUGUGAAAGAGGUAAAGCUCAUCCAUCUAUCAAUGAAACUGAAUGGGAAAAAAUUAAAACAAAAGGUAAAGAAGAACAUCAGAGUAAUAAUGUGGAUGAUGAUGAUAGUGACAAUGACAGCUUUGAUGAUCAGCUUAUGGCAUCCUCCUUUAUGGCACAAAGCAAAGAUGAUGUUCGACAAUCAAUACUUGAGAGUGCAUUGUAUACGGCCUCUGGGAAAAGUAUGUAUAUGAGUGCUACUCAAGGAGAUUUUUAUGAUGCCGAAACUCAUAUAACAGAUCAAGCAUCUACAGCAAUGGAAAAAGAAGAUUGCGAUGAGAUAGAGACCGGAUCGGUUCUUAUGACAAUUGAUUUAGUUGAUCUUUCUUUCAAGAAAAGACAAGCUCUUACUAUCGAGGUGGGUAUAAUAAAAGUCUGCCUAAUUCCAGUUCCUUCUUUGCUAUCAUCUUUCCUUACUUUUCUAAUUCGGAUAAACAAACAAAAAAUGGUAAGUAAUCCUAAACCCAAAGUUGAAAAAACAAAAUCAAACUCGAAUAUCACGCUACAGUUAUUCUCUGUGGUUGAUUUAGAAGUAAGUCUAAAUUCCAAUCUAUUAAAAGAAGGAGUCUUUCAAACCCAAGAUUCUUACAGGUUGCAUUGUGCCAAUUUUUUUCUUGAACAAAGAAGUCCCACUUUUAUUCAAGGUAAUUUAGAAGUAUUUGAGGUUUUAUCUAAGGAGGACCUUAAAUGUUUAUUUUUCAAUGACACUCAGAACACCCAUCCAGAUAUAAGAUUUGAGUUUCAAACACAAGGCAUUUCACGUAUCACUAGUGUUAUAGUAGAAAAAUCGCUUCAGUUUAAUAUAGAUUAUUGCAUGUUGAUCUCUAUUUUGAAAUUCUGGGAUCGCUUGACUCCGGCAUUUCAGAAAACUGAAGAGCUAAAAUUACUCCGUCUGAAAAAAUUAAAGCUUUCAAAGUCGUUCAGUGCUACAUUAAAAGCUUCACCUAAGACUUUGAACGGCAAUUCCUCAGAUCUAACAUUGCGAUUCUCUGGUGUUAAUGGCAUUAUUGGCCUUUCAACCGAUGAGCAUGACAUUUUAAACGUUUCCAUUGCUCCUGCUAUCUAUGACUCAUUGCAAAAAAUGAUAACUGUUGACUUUAUCAAACUUAUUUUUAGUACAGCCAAGGGAGAUGCUUGGUUGAGAGUAGAUAAAAUAAAAUACUCCGAUCAUGGGGAAGCUAUGGCCAAAUUUCGAAGCUUUGAUGUUAUAGCACAGAAAGAUGUUGUGUGCAGUACCAAACAGACAGUGAUAAUAGAUGAGAUUAGUUGCUCUUCCUCUUUUGAAAAUUUAAAACAGAUUGUAACUGUUUUAAACACUUUGGCAUCCGAGGUUAAACAUGAAGAAAAGAAAGAAAGUGUUGUCCAGUUUGAAAGUGUUCCACAUGAGGGCAAAAGAAUGGGCUCAAACUCCUUUACAAAACAUAAAAAAAUUAGCAGCUACGUGUUAGUGAAAGAUGUAAAAGUGUCGAUUGAAAAUCUUAACCCAGAAUUUGGAGGACUUACAGGAAAUAUGACCAAUGUCGGCUUAAUCUCCUUAACGGAGGGUGCUAAUCACAUCUCAGUGUCUCAUGUCUCCUUAGAAAGAGUUAAAGAUGACAUCAGAGAAACAGUUAUCACCAAAGGAAACAAAUGGGGUACGGCACCCAUGAUUUUUGUCAAGGCUGAGGCAUCUUAUCAUAUUUUUCUGAAUAACUGGCUAGCCUACUACAGUGGAAAAUGGCUCGCAAUGUUUGAAAGAGAUAUUGGUCAAGACAAGUAUGAUCUCCCUGCUGCUGUGUCCAGUAUAAGUACUAAUUCAUCGUCAUCUACGAAAAGAAAGUUUAGGAAACGGUCUUCCGCCGAAGUAUUUCUUUCUCUCACUGACGUUUGCGUUGGAUUGAAGCCGGUAAAUUUGGCAAGCGAGGCAGUAAUGGUAAUAAACAAAGCAAGUUCAAAUAUUGUUUUUUACAAUGAUAAAACUACGGUUGCACAAUUCACUUCAAACUCAAUUUCGUUGUUGUUGAUUGAUGAUACUGAAAGCGUCAAGAAUCGUUCAAAGAGUAAAAAUAAAUAUGCAGCUGAUUGGACUUUGCUGUCAAUCUGGAAAAACAAAGGCUAUGUUACCAUUGGGUCGUUGAGUACGGUUGUUAUAAAAGUCAAGGCAGGUACUACUACCUCCCUUUUAAAUCAAAAUACAGUUAACGAUAUGAAUACUACAAGACCUUUAAUUGAUGCGCAGCUAGAUAUACAGAAAGUGAAUAUGGACCUUUGUUGUGAUUCUACUCAAUGUUUUGUGCAGCUACUUAAAGAUUUGAAAAAACCGGUGUUUUUCUCCUACGAGGAUAAAUAUAAAGAGACCAAUAACAAAUUAGACGUUUUUAAAGAUGUCCAAUUAGACUUUUUUGAUACGACUACAGGUACAAACGGUACUAGCAGAGCUCCGGCUCUUUUAGAAAAUGCUGUAAUUGUGGAAGAAGAAGCCAAUAAGGACGAUUUGAGUGUUGUCGAGAACUUUUAUGAUAAUGUUGAGAAAUAUUCUCGUGCCUCCGGUAAUCAAGAAACACCGAUCACUAACAAAGGUUCGAACUCGGGUGAAGUUUCCCUUAACUCAAGUCACUUUGACCAUCAUGUUUUUCACGGUAAGGAUUGCAAGAUCAUACCUCUGGCCUUGCAUGUUAGUGUGUCGGAGACCGAAAUUGCUUUACACGAUGGUUACGAUUGGAAAGAAACUAGAACACAAAUAAGAAGUGCUUUGAAAAGAGUUUCUGAAAAAGCUAAACGUGUUGCAAACCAAGUUGCAUCGGAAAGUGAAACGAAUGGUGAUGUCACUGAUCAGCUUAUCGCAGAUGUUGGAGUGAGUGAGCAUAGGAACGACGUGAUUGAGGAAACAUUAUAUGCAUCCAUAAUGUUAGGGGUGGGACCUCGUGACGAUCCAAAUGAAGUUUUUACGCAUAUUACAGAAAGAAUUGGUGGCUACCCCCUUAAAAAACCUAGAACCGGAAGACCCGAUAAUGCACAUAUCCAGACCAUUGACCUUGGUAAAAGCAAAAGUAAGCCUUUGAAGUUAAAGAGAUCAUUGAAAAACAAAGUGCUUAUCAAGCUCGAAGAGUUGGAUGUCGACUUUCAAUUGCUAUCCAGCAAUGAGCCUCAUAUGAAAGAUAAGCCAAAUUGUUUUUCUAAAAGUGAUAGCACCGACGAAGCAGAGCAAGUAAACAAGAUUGACAUCAGUGUGAAUAAUUUUAUUAUCACUGAUAAUGUUCCUACAUCAAGUUGGAAUAUGUUUGCUGGAUAUAUGAGAGAGGCAGGAGAAAGAGAAAUUGGCAAAAAUAUGAUGAAGAUUGGUAUUGAUUUAGUACGCCCGAUUGCUAGGCUUGCCGCAAUUGAAAUGAUACUUCAUGUAAAUUUGCUUCCCUUAAGAUUAUAUGUCGAUCAAGACACUUUAGACUUUUUAACCCGUUUUGGUGAAUUCAAAGAUCAAAGGUUUAUACCACCCACUGUUGAAACCGAAGAAAUGUUCUUGGAAAAAGUUGUUAUUGAUACGAUUCUGCUAAAACUUGACUAUAAACCAAAGAAAUUUGAUUAUGCAGGGAUUAGAUCUGGCCAUACAAGUGAAUUUAUGAACAUCUUCAUAUUAGAUGAGUCCGAAAUCACCUUAAACAAAGUCACGUUGUAUGGUGUUCCGGGAUUCAGCAAACUCAAUGAUUUAUUGAACGGGUUCUGGUCCCCGGAUGUCAAGAAAAAUCAAUUAGCAGGUGUGUUGUCAGGUUUGGCCCCUGUUAGGUCAAUAAUCAACAUUGGUUCUGGAGUAAAUAAUCUAGUUACAGUUCCCCUGAAAGAGUACAAAAAGGAUGGACGCCUUGUGAGAAGUUUACAAGUUGGAGCAGUUGCCUUCACGAAAGUAACCAGUGGAGAGCUUCUGAAAUUGGGAGCCAAGUUAGCUGCCGGCACACAGACCAUACUCGAAAAUACAGAAGAAGUGCUUGGUGGUAGUGGCUCUUCGGCAAGAAUUGUAAAAGACUCUGCUAAUCCCAAUAAGUGGAAGGGUAAGGAUGGAAAAACCACGGAUCGGCGUAGAAGGAGUUCAACGGCAUCUUUUGGUGAUGAAGAAGAAGCGGAUUAUCACAGGUAUUUUUUCCGUGAUCAAAAAAAUUUGAUCAAGUAUGAAAACAGCAGCUCUAAUUUGAUAAAUGAGUCAGGAUUGGGUAAUGAUGCAGAUGAUUACCCACCAUACAAUGAAGAGACGAUCUCUGAUUCUGAUUCUGAUUUCCUAUCUUCUGAUGAAUCCCAAGAGGCAGAGAAUGGGAAUGCACCAAACGAAACUUAUGUUGUCAGCUUGUAUUCCGAUCAACCAGCAUCCUUCAAUGAAGGACUAAAAACCGCCUAUGGUUCUAUUCAGAAGAACUUCAACACGGCAAGAGAUGCGCUGUAUGAAGCAGGAGUGAAAGCGUCAGGGUCGGAGAACGCUUCAAGCGCAAUGAUGGAGCUGGCUAAGGCGACUCCGAUUGUGUUCAUUAGGCCAGCAAUUGCUGCAACAGAAGCAAUUUCACGAAGUUUACUGGGAGGAGUUAAUGAUAUCAAUCCUGACGAAAAACGCAAGGCGGAAGAAAAGUAUAAGAAGGUGGAUAAUGGAGAAGAUGAUUAG